AUGGACUUUAUCUCAAUAAAUGAACUUGAUCAACAUAUACACUCGGAGCAUAUUGGCUUUGAUGCAGUAAAGAAGCAAUUUAUUUGCUUUUGGCUCGGGUGUUAUGCGUUUUUCACUAAUAAGGAGGAACUUGAGGAGCAUAUAAACCAUAUCCAUGUUGAUACAAUGUUGAAUGAAGAGGAAGAGGUAUUAGAUGACAGUUUGAUGGAUAUAGAUACAUUAGAACAUGAAAAUAAACUUCUUCAUAAAUUGAUAAAAGAACAAACCAAAGAGAUAAAUAAAUUGAAAGAACACUUUAAUCUUGACAAAGUGGUAAUUAACGAUGCAGAGAAUGAUUUAUUAAUAAAGAAGGAUACACUUGCACUUCUGGAAGAGCAAAAACGAUUAACAGAAAUAAAACUUGGUCAUUUGCAUGCACGGCUGUCAACGAGAGCACAAACACGGACAAUACGGAAGGAAGAGGCAAGCAAGUAUAACCAUCAUCGAAGAAAUGGUGCACAUGGAAGUCUAAAUCUAAUCGGAUGUGCUGGCUCGACAUCAGUACGAUAG